AUGGACAACGCGGGGAAGGAGCGAGAGGCGGUGCAACUGAUGGCGGAGGCCGAGAAGCGAGUCAAGGCCUCCCACUCCUUUCUCCGAGGGCUCUUUGGAGGAAACACAAGAAUAGAAGAAGCUUGUGAAAUGUAUACCAGAGCUGCAAAUAUGUUCAAGAUGGCUAAGAAUUGGAGUGGUAUUCAUUUGUCUUCUUCAGCUGCAGGAAAUGCGUUUUGUCAGGCAGCCAAGCUUCAUAUGCAGCUGCAGAGCAAACACGACUCCGCCACCAGCUUUGUGGAUGCUGGGAACGCCUACAAGAAGGCAGACCCCCAAGAGGCUAUCAACUGCUUAAAUGCAGCCAUCGACAUUUACACAGACAUGGGAAGGUUCACGAUCGCGGCCAAGCACCACAUCACCAUCGCGGAGAUCUACGAGACGGAGCUGGUGGACAUCGAGAAGGCUAUCGCCCAUUACGAACAGUCAGCUGAUUAUUACAAAGGGGAAGAAUCCAACAGCUCGGCUAACAAAUGUCUGCUGAAAGUGGCCGCGUACGCCGCCCAGCUGGAGCAGUACCAGAAGGCCAUCGAGAUCUUCGAGCAGGUCGGGGCCAGCGCCAUGGAUAACCCUUUGUUGAGGUACAGCGCGAAGGAUUACUUCUUUAAAGCUGCGCUCUGCCACCUCACAGUGGAUGAGCUGAAUGCCAAGCUUGCUCUGGAAAAAUACGAGGAAAUGUUUCCAGCGUUCACUGAUUCGAGAGAAUGCAAGUUACUGAAAAAACUUCUAGAAGCUCAUGAAGAGCAGAACAGUGAAGCUUACACGGAAGCAGUGAAGGAAUUUGACUCAAUAUCCCGCCUGGACCAGUGGCUCACCACCAUGCUGCUGCGCAUCAAGAAGUCCAUCCAGGGGGACGGGGAAGGAGAUGGAGACCUCAAGUGA